GACGUUCCGGUUGAAGGUCGUCGAGUUUAAUUCAUAUUUUCAAGCGUGGCGCGUGUGCGUUAAUUCAAUUCUAAGUACGACGCGCGGAACGCAAUUUAUUUAAAUCAUCGGCAACGAGACCGAUACGCGCUGUUCUCGUUACGUUUAUCGGAAACGUACCAUCUAACAGUAUCACAGAUCCGUAUCGGCGAUAAGUUCUAUCAGGGAUGAACGAUAUUGACUUGGUUUCUUCGAAUGUAGUUCGUGCCUGAUAAAUUUCUUUCUUUCGUUUCACACGGACCGUUUACAAGAUCAUUACAGAGCGAUUACGAUGGAAAAAUUAAUAGAAACUUGGCGUGCGCGCGUGACAGAUGGAGGGGAUGCUAGUCGUCGCUUAUCCGCCCCCUCUCCGCGAGCCGCGUGACCCACACCACGCAAAAAUGACGCGCUUAUCGCGACGCUCGAUGUAAAAGUUCGUUCGUGUUAAUUACUCACACGAGCGGGGCGUUCUUAGUUUCUCCGCUCGGAACUAUACAGCCGAGGACGUCACUCGUCGUCCACGAUAGCUCGAAGCGAGUUGCUUCAGCCGUCACGCGCAGCGACUAUCCGAAAUAUCCGGAAUUGUUUACGAAUUCCUCGCGAUCGGACUUUCAACUACGUCGAUUUCGAUCUCGCCGAGGAAGAUAUGGCAGCGGCAACGGUGCUCAGCAAAGACGUGGCCGAUAUCGAGAACCUGCUGUCUCUGAAUCCAAAGAUCAAGCCGUACGCGAACUUGGUCCCCUCGGUGUACACAAAGGAGAACAAAAGGAAGUGGAAGAGGAACGUCAACGAGAAAUGCAGCAGAUGCCCGCCGCUGACGAAGAACUUCGACGACAUCAAGCAUACCACGCUGAGCGAGCGCGGCGCGCUGAAAGAAGCGGCGCGUUGCCUGAAAUGCACCGACGCGCCUUGCCAAAAGUCUUGUCCCACGCAGUUGGACGUCAAAUCCUUCAUCACCUCGAUAUCGAAUAAGAAUUACUAUGGCGCCGCGAAGGCGAUCCUCUCCGACAAUCCCCUGGGCCUGACGUGCGGCAUGGUCUGCCCGACCAGCGAUCUAUGCGUCGGCGGGUGCAACCUGCACGCGUCCGAGGAGGGGCCCAUUAACAUCGGCGGUCUCCAGCAGUUCGCCACGGACAUCUUCAAGCAGAUGCGCAUACCGCAGACGAGGAUCCCCGGGCAAACGGUUCCGCACGCGGACACGAAGAUCGCGCUGAUCGGCUGUGGCCCGGCCUCUCUGUCCUGCGCCACGUUCCUCGCGCGUUUAGGUUACAAUGACAUCACGAUCUUCGAGAAGCAGUCUUACAUCGGCGGGUUGAGUUCCUCGGAAAUCCCGCAGUACCGUCUGCCGUACGACGUCGUCAACUUCGAAGUCGAUUUAGCGAGAGACUUAGGCGUGAAGAUCGAACUAAGCAGAGCACUCUCGGAAAACGAUUUGAGUAUACAGGGUCUGCAAGAUGAAGGCUACAAAGCCAUCUUCCUGGGAAUCGGUCUGCCGGAAGCGAACACCAUCCCGAUUUUCGCGGAUCUCACCGAGGAAAUGGGAUUCUACACGUCGAAGAGCUUCCUGCCGAGAGUGGCGAAGGCCAGCAAGCCGGGAAUGUGCGCGUGCAAGAGCUCCCAGCUGCCUUCUCUCCACGGAACCGUCGUCGUCCUCGGGGCUGGCGACACGGCCUUCGAUUGCGCCACUUCCGCUCUGCGCUGCGGCGCCAAGAAGGUUUACGUCGUGUUCAGGAAAGGGUUCACGAAUAUCCGAGCGGUCCCUGAAGAGUUCGACUUGGCGAGAGUAGAGAAGUGCGAGUUCGUUCCCUUCCAAUCGCCGAAGCGAGUGAUCACUCGCAACGGGAGAAUAACUGCGAUAGAGCUCUGUCGAACGGAGGAGACGGAGAACGGCGACUGGCUGGAGGACGAGGAGCAAGUCUGCCGGCUGAAAGCGGAUUUCAUCGUGUCGGCUUUUGGGUCGGGGCUGCAAGAUCCUAGCGUGGUGAGAGCAAUGGCGCCCGUUAAGAUGAACAAAUGGAACUUACCGGAAGUGGACGCGGAGACUAUGAGCACGUCCGUGCCCGGCGUCUUCUGCGGCGGAGACCUGGCCGGCACCGCGCAGACCACCGUCGAGUCUGUCAACGAUGGCAAGACGGCGGCUUGGUAUCUUCACAAGUUCAUUCAGAAUGCUAACGGUCUGGAGGUGCCUGAGACUCCUCAGCUACCGAAAUUCCAUACUCCGAUCGACGACGUCGACCUGUCGGUCGAGAUGUGCGGGAUGAAGUUCGAAAAUCCUUUCGGCCUCGCCUCCGCGCCGCCUUGCACCUCGACCGCCAUGAUCAGACGAGCCUUCGAGGCAGGCUGGGGUUUCGUCGUCACGAAGACAUUCUCCCUGGAUAAGGACCUCGUCACGAACGUGUCGCCGAGGAUAAUUAAAGGCACCACUUCGAGGCAUCAUUACGGCCCCGAGCAAGGCAGUUUCCUGAAUAUCGAGCUGAUAUCCGAGAAAUCGGCGGCCUACUGGUGCCAGAGUAUCACGGAAUUGAAGAGAGACUUCCCGACGAAGAUCGUCAUAGCUAGCAUCAUGUGUACAUAUAACAAAGCGGAUUGGACGGAGCUCGCCCAAAUGGCUGAAGCAGCUGGGUCUGACGCCCUGGAAUUGAAUCUGUCGUGCCCACAUGGAAUGGGAGAGUCGGGGAUGGGACUAGCUUGCGGACAAGAUCCUGAAUUGGUGAGAAACAUUUCCAGGUGGCUGCGCGAAGCUGUUAAAAUACCGUUCUUCGUGAAAUUGACGCCGAACAUUACCGAUAUCGUCUCCAUCGCGAAAGCGGCCUACGAAGGCCAAGCCGACGGCGUGUCCGCGAUAAACACCGUGCAAGGCUUGAUGGGCUUAUACGCCGACGGGACACCCUGGCCAGCCGUUGGUAUCCAGAAAGCCACCACGUACGGGGGCAUGUCGGGAAACUCGACCAGACCUCAGGCACUGCGGGCAGUGUCCUCCAUCGCGAAGGUUCUCCCAGGGUUCCCGAUACUCGGGAUCGGCGGCAUCGAUUCCGCGGACGUGGCUCUUCAGUUUCUUCACUGCGGCGCAUCCGUUUUGCAGGUCUGCAGCGCCAUACAAAAUCAAGAUUUCACUUUAAUCGAUGACUACGUAACCGGCUUGAAGACACUGCUGUACUUAAAGAGCCUGAAACAGGUGAAGGAUUGGGACGGCCAGAGUCCGCCGACCUUUAAGCACCAAAAGGGAAAACCGGUUUCCCUGCAGCACGCUCUCGGCAAAAAUGUACCUUACUUCGGGGAGUAUCAAAGGCUGCGCGAGCAGAAGAUCGCCGAGAUUAAAGCGAACUCGGAUCCGCUCGAUCAGCCGGUGGCAGCUACGAGGCCUGUCCCGAAACCGGUCGCGCCCAUACCUUGUAUAAAAGACGUGAUCGGCAAAGCUUUGAGUCACAUCGGGACGUUUAAAGAGCUGGAUAACAAACGGCAAGUGGUAGCGCUGAUAGACGAUGAUAUGUGUAUAAAUUGUGGAAAGUGUUACAUGGCUUGCGCCGAUUCCGGCUACCAAGCGAUACACUUCGAUCCGGAUACUCACAUUCCAAAGGUGACCGACGACUGCACGGGUUGCACGCUUUGCCUGUCGGUAUGCCCCAUCAUCGAUUGCAUCACUAUGGUGCCCAAAACGAUACCUCACGUUAUAAAGCGGGGAAUCCCGCCGAAAAACGCGUUCGAACUUCCUGAUUUCAAUUGAAACAGACAAGCCUUCGGCGGGUUGUAGUUAGAUAUUUUAUUUUACAUAUUUUAUAACCUUCCCCGGAUCGGCUAAUCCUUUUCACGCGUACACUGUUGCUUUGAAUAACGUUCGAACGUUACAUCUACAUAAACGUAACGAUCGCAAUAAAUUACUGCUCGGAACCGACCGUUUAAGUUGUUAAAUACUGAUAAAGUUUGGAUUAUCGAACCACUGCACUUCCUUUGGUUUAUCGGUGUCCAAUUCAUAUUCCACGCAUUUUUUGCUGACGAUUUGACCUCUGAAAUUGAAAUUCCUUUAAGCGCACGCUCGAAGAAGUUGUGUUUGGAGGAGGGCGUUGUGGAAUUCGUUACCUUGAAUACUUUUUACAACCGAUGGUAGGAUAGUCCUGUUUGAAGCAUUGAGGACGUAAGACAUUGAAAUAAGUGGUGCCGAUGUCCGUAGCUAUGAUCGAUUUCGCGUUCUUCAAGCAGUCGAAUAAUUGCUGGUCGCAAUCGCAGUGCGAUCUGUUUGGCGUAAAGAUAUUAAGUAUAGCGGAGCUAACGUUGUUCUUUCGUGCAGAAAAAUUACCACGGAAUUUGAUUUGUCGUUACCUCGUGAAAGCUCCAUUAUUUUUAAGGCCGUACUUCGUGUCGCCCGCGUCAAUGGAGUCCCGACAGCCGUCAUGAUUCUUGCAACAGGUGUCCGUGCCCUCAAAGAAACCAACAUCUUUGCCAUUCGGAGAUAUAUCGCCGUCGCCGCACCAAUACGUUCCUAAAGGUGUAUUUGUAGAAAUAUUCGUAACUCGUAACAUAAUUACAUUGCCAAGAAGGAAAAACGAAAAUGACACAGAAGAAUUGAAUAACAGAAUAAUAAUAACGUGCGCUCGGUGUAGUAUGCAAAUCCUAACUGUUUAGCAAAUACAAUAAUCGUAACGUCACUCUGUUCAGUAGUGAUUAAAUAAAUUCAUAUGAAUUUUAUUAAGAAUUUGUUCGAUGUUUCAACCAUUUAAAUUUUCGUAUUUGGAAUACAGAGUUGCAAAGAAAUGAUUGAAUUAUUCGAAUAACAAGAGAUCAGUGCAGAGUUCUCUUUUCGUAAUUUAAGAGCUUGAUGUACAAAUUAAUUUUAAUUAGUCUUGAAUAUUUUAACUCUUAGCACUCCAGGUUGUUUUGUAAUCCAUCGGCAACUAAUUUUUAUAGUAUUCCUAGCGAAAAUGAGAAAUCCUAUAACAUUUCCUCGAUCUUUUAGUUUCCUUAGUACAAAAUUCGGAUGUGUGCGAAAUCUAAUAAUUUAGAGUAGUUUCUUUGAUUCAAAAUAUUUAAUAUUAUAACUGGUGCAAUAUUGGAGCCUACAGAGUUCAAAGGGUUAAAGAAUCCUCUGUAAAGGGUUGAACGGAGUUCGGUAUCGCCACGUACCUGGAAAUAUUGCUUUAAUCUGGACUUUGUACGGAUUAAAGACACUGGCGAUGCUACUGUUGCUCCUGCCGUUUUGAUUUUUGUAUAUAUUCCCCAAAAUUGGAAUAUUAGAGAUCGAUUCUGGGCCGAGCUUGUUUUUGAUCCCGAGAACAAAUCUCUCGAGAGGACUCACGUAAGUUGUCUUCGGCUGUUGCGAGUCGUCGCAUCCUCCGAAAUCGAGGAAAACGAGGAGCGAAAGUAGCGCAACAUACACGCGGACCCAAGACAUCAUUGCGCGCUAUGUACACGAUAUAUAAUUUCUUUAAUAAUUUGUACACAAAAGGAUAUUGCAGUGUAACUCCAGUUCGCGGACCUGUAUCCGUUUGAACGAUUUCGGUAGCACGUUCCCUUAAACGAGUUAGCAGCGACUGCAUAUCCUCGUACCGCUCCGCGAACUUUUAUUUGUCGGCACGGUGUAAAAUACGUAGAAUUAUUAACAUUCUUCACUUGUGCAAAUGGUCGACUAUACGCAGUAAAGUCAUCCGAGUUAUGUGAAGGAAUUGCAGAAAGUAGAAUCGACAGGUUUUAUUUGAGAAACAAUAAAUUAAUUGUGAGAAAUGACCGAACUACGCGAUAAAAUGUGAGUUAUGGCUCAACUUUAUUUUACAAAACAAUAACCUCGCCGUUGCAUGCAGAUAGUGAACGUAUAAUAUCGCAAUAAUCGUACGUAUACACAGUUUACAGUUCACGUUUAGCAUUAGCAAUACCAGGCAUUUAGAAUGGCUGGUUUGCAAUUUCUCGGUAGCGUUAUAAUGAACGAAUGAAUUAAUCAUUCUCGAUGGACUCAGGAUUAUUUCGUCGAGCCUUGCAGCUCCAGCGUCACAGCCUCUUCCGCGAUAGAUUCAUCUGUAUCCGAAGUAUGCUGAUCCUGCAUCGCACGACGUUUCUGAAGUCUCGUGCACCGCGGACAGUAAUGAUUUCGCUUCGACCAACAGACACGAUGAUGAACAGCCGCGCAUUGAUGGCAAAUUAUAGAAUUCGCAUCCCAUGGGUAUAUAAUUUCAUCAUUACCACACAAUUCGCACAGAUGGCCUCUAAAGAUAUAAUUGCACUUAAUGGUUUAAUUACGAAACGCAUUAUUAAUGGUAAUGGUAUUCUUAAACGUAACGAAAUUACCGUGCUUUGCACAACUGACAGUGUUCAGUGAUAUGAGCGUGCAUAGUAUCAUGCGCAGCGCGAACUUCUUCCAGAAGAGUGCCAUUGUUAAGAUCGAUGAGAUCUUUUAUGGAAUAAUUCCCCGAAUUCUCAAUCAUGUGAGUACGUAUACCAAUUUUCCAUGGCAGCCCCUCGAGGUUUGCGUCCGGACAUAGAACCAAGUAGCGCUUCAUCAUCUGCAUUUCCUCGCGUAAUUUCUAUUGACAAUUAAGUUUGUCACUUAUUUCUUGUUCUGUCGCUUUCUGCGCGUACAUAUACUUUUUACCUUUACUAAGGACAGGUCUGGAACUAAAGUGAAUAAUUUUGGGUUUAAUUCUUCCAGAGGUAAAACGGAGCGAUCUUCUAAAAGAGUUAAUAGCUGAGUCGCGGCGCGAGAUACUAAUCGCGGUUCCAUGUCCCAAUUUCUUAUUACUCUGGCAGGAAUUACCAUUGCAGUAUUCCAAUGGCAUCUCUGACAGUAAUACAGUCCACUAUAGUCGCAAAGUCGUGGUUCUAUCCACACUGAUUCUGAUUUACAAAUAAAAUAUUAUAACAUAUGUAGUGUUUCACAUUAUUGUUUGAUUAAUAAUAUAACUAAUUAAAUUCAACAAAGAAUAUCAAUAAAAAUUUGCUUCCACCUCUUGUGUGUUACCUGUACUCUUGAAUGGACUGCCAAAACAAGAUAAGGAUAAUCCUUUUGAGAAAGCUUGCAAUGGAAAUAUAGUUUAACUAUGCGAUAAGAGGAAUCUCUUUAUAUAUGAACAAGGUAAACAGUGAAUCAUUGUCAA